AUGGAGCUUGUCCUUGAAUCGGCGCUCGAAGCAAUUAUAUUACGCUAUUCUGCAACUCUCGCCGGCCACAUCUGGACCUGCAUCGCCUUCUUCGCUGCAGCCCUAGGCCUCUGGCGCCUACGCUUCUUCGGAUCUCGAUCGGAAUCCAAAUCCAUCGCCCCCACUGUUCACGUUCCCCCAUCGAAGCCGGCGAUCAUCCCGUCGGCGGUUGUUUCACCUCCGGUACUGGAUUGCAGCGAUCGGAUUGGGACGGAAUCGUCGACCAAGGGAAGGUUCACCGCUUACUUCCUCGCCGAAGAUGAGACUCACGGCGGCCAUGAGGACGAGGAAUGGGUACCUGAAGGUUUUAGUUACGGUGCAGACUGUUGGGAUUGUUGGGAUUGGGAAUGGAGUGCGGAUCUGGGUUGGUACGGUUGCCAGGAUCGAUCGGCGAUUAACGGCAGUGUUGUGAAGCUGUGGAACAGUGGCGGGAGAGGAUUUGCGGUCGUGCCGGCGGUUAGUGAGCAGUGGAAUUAG